AUGUUUAAGGGUAUACUCGACGGCACAAAAAUAGGCAAAAAAUGUCUACAAUUAACACCACAUCCCAAUCAGAUCAGCGAAGACUGUUUGGUACUAAACGUGUGGACAUCGGGUUUGGGAGACUUGAAACCCGUUAUGUUUUGGAUACAUGGAGGGGGUCUGAGUGGUGGAUCCAGUUUUGAGGAGGAAUAUAAUGGCACUGUUUUGGCCACACAUGAUGUGGUCAUUGUGUCCACAAAUUACAGGUUAGGGUCGUUAGGAUUCUUGUAUGGGGGCCGGGAGGACGCGCCCGGAAAUGUAGGCUUUUAUGACCAG